AGAAGGAGGUGGGUGGCAGGAGAAGGAGGCGGCGGCGGGGAGGGCGCGCGGCCCGCGGCGGCGGCGGGAGACGGGGAGCUGGCGCUCGCGGCUCUGACGCCGCUGCUGUCGGAGCGAGCGGUGCGCGAAGCCCCGGACAAGCGAGCCUCCCGUCCGGGCUCCGGUCCCUGCGCGCCAGCGCCGUGGAGGAGGAGAAGCGGGCCCUUGGCGCCCCUGGCCGGUGCCCCGCCGGGCCCAGCGAAUGAGCAGCCAAGCCUCCUGACCACAGCUCCGCAACCAGUUCAUCCCACGGUCACACCAUGUCCGGCUCCUAUGAUGAGGCUUCACUGGGUCCCGAGGAGACUACUGACAGCUUCUGGGAGGUGGGGAACUACAAGCGGACGGUGAAGCGCAUAGACGAUGGCCACCGGCUGUGCAACGACCUCAUGAACUGCGUGCAGGAACGUGCCAAGAUCGAGAAGGCCUACGCGCAGCAGCUCACCGACUGGGCCAAGCGCUGGCGCCAGCUCAUUGAGAAAGGCCCGCAGUACGGCAGCCUGGAGCGGGCCUGGGGUGCCAUGAUGACGGAGGCGGACAAGGUGAGCGAGCUGCACCAGGAGGUGAAGAACAGCCUGCUGAACGAGGACCUGGAGAAGGUCAAGAACUGGCAGAAGGACGCCUACCACAAGCAGAUCAUGGGCGGCUUCAAGGAGACCAAGGAGGCCGAGGACGGCUUCCGCAAGGCCCAGAAGCCCUGGGCCAAGAAGAUGAAAGAGCUGGAAGCAGCCAAGAAGGCCUACCACCUGGCCUGCAAAGAGGAGAAGCUGGCCAUGACACGGGAGAUGAAUAGCAAGACAGAGCAGUCGGUCACACCUGAACAGCAGAAGAAACUGCAGGACAAGGUGGACAAGUGCAAGCAGGAUGUGCAGAAGACUCAGGAGAAGUAUGAGAAGGUGCUGGAAGAUGUGGGCAAGACCACGCCGCAGUACAUGGAAGGCAUGGAGCAGGUGUUUGAGCAGUGCCAGCAAUUUGAGGAAAAGCGACUGGUCUUCCUCAAGGAGGUGCUGCUGGACAUCAAACGUCACCUGAACCUCGCCGAGAACAGCAGCUACAUGAACGUUUACCGGGAACUGGAGCAGGCCAUCCGGGGGGCCGACGCCCAGGAAGACCUCCGAUGGUUCCGCAGCACCAGUGGCCCUGGCAUGCCCAUGAACUGGCCCCAGUUUGAGGAGUGGAACCCAGACCUCCCCCACACCACCACCAAGAAGGAGAAGCAGCCCAAGAAGGCGGAGGGGGUGACACCAAGCAAUGCAGCCGGGGCAGUGGAGUCCACUUCCCAGGCAGGGGAUCGUGGCAGUGUCAGCAGCUACGACCGAGGCCAGCCGUACGCCACCGAGUGGUCGGACGACGAGAGCGGCAACCCGUUCGGGGGCAGCGAGGCCAAUGGCGGCGCCAACCCCUUCGACGACGACGCCAAGGGCGUGCGCGUGCGGGCGCUCUACGACUACGACGGCCAGGAGCAGGACGAGCUCAGCUUCAAGGCCGGAGAUGAACUCACCAAGCUGGGCGAGGAGGAUGAGCAGGGCUGGUGCCGCGGGCGGCUGGACAGUGGGCAGCUGGGCCUCUACCCCGCCAACUACGUGGAGGCCAUCUAGUUGCCCUGCUCCCUCCACACGUCUCCCACCCCUCCCUUCCCGCCCUCGGCUCCUGUCCCUCGCCAUAGAGUUCCAGACAUAUUUUCCGAUCAAGCUUUUAUUUUUUUAAAAGUCAAAACAGA